AUGAACCAAAAGGCCUACCCAAAAUAUGAGUACUCGUAUGCCGUAUCAGACCAGAAGAGCGGGGACCACAAGCAUCAAGAGGAGAGCCGUGAUGGUGACAGGGUCCGUGGGUCCUACAGCCUGGUCGAGCCUGACGGUUCGGUCCGGACCGUGGAGUACAACGCUGAUGAUCUACAUGGAUUCAAUGCCGUAGUCAGCAAAACUGUGACCAAUCAUGGCGGUGACCACGCAUACUCAGUUUUUGGGCACACAAGGCAGUACUUCCCUAUUGGACAUGGAGUCAAAAUAAACCACUACUUUCCAGGCCAAGACUAUCACAACGAACAAAAUAAAAUACCACAAAAAGAAAAAGAUAUAGAAAAAUCUGUGGUAGAGUCGAAACAACAUCCCAAAACGCUUAGUGACGCAUCAAAAGCCAAAACUAUGAACAAUAUCAUGGAAAAAGUUACUAUGAUUGAGCCUUUCAAAAUGGAAGAGCUAGAUAUUAAAGGAGAAGUGCCUACCGAGAGGAAAGCAGAAGACUUACCUGAAACGAUCACGGAAGUAACACCUGCCAUGGUUUUAAUCAAUACAGAAGGAGAGACUAGUCAAAAUCAACAAAUUAUGCCAUUGAUGGUUAGCAGUCAAGAACCUAUUAAACCUGAGGAAGUAACAAUGGAGUCAAAGGAGAAAGAGGGAGAGAAACUAGCACUAGACUCUGACCCGUCACCUUCAUACUAUAACACACGAAUGUACUACUAUAGAUUUUAG